AUGGUCGCCAUUCGCCUCCCACGCCCAACAGGCGUCUACGUCCCCAACUCCCCCCGGAGCGUCACCUCCGACAUGAUCUCCUCGCCGCUCUCCGCCGACUUCAACUUCGACUCCGAGACCCUCACGCCAUCCAUCAUCCCUGCCCUCGAGUACAUCUCCUACAAGCUCCAGCAGAAGCACAUGCACGUCACGCUCCUCGUCGGCCGCGGGAAGCCCUACCCCACCGGCCAGCCCUCCGACCUGAUCGUCAUCCCCUCAACCACUCUCGAACCCUCCGUAUCCCGCACCCUCACCCGCACCAUCGCAAAGGCCGCCGCCCGAUUCUCGCUCGGCCAGAGCUGGUCCGACGCACUCGCCCGCUCGCACCACGAGCGCCACGCAAACGAAUACCUGAUCGAGCGAUCCAUCCUGCAGAACGAAGUCGUCUUCUCGCGCGAGGGCCUGACCCUCCUCAACGUCGACCGCAUCUACACCUUCAAGCGCCGCCUCUGCAUCCUAUCCACAUCCACAUCCACCUCACCCUCCAAAUCCAAGCCCGCCGCCUCUCCAGAAUCCUACAUCAACUCCUGCGUGCGCCUUCUCCACCGCACAAUCGAGGACUUCAACGGCCGGCCUUUCAGCAAGGCCUUCUUCCACCGCGUCUACGAGCAGCUCGAUGUCAGCGACGAGCUCCUCUCGCAGGUCGCAGACAUAUACAGAAAGCAGUAUAGCCAGGACGGGAUUGUCAUUCCUCCCCCGCCAAAACCUGCUGUUGUUGUCGUUGAGAAGAAGAAGGUCCCUGUUCGGCCUGUUCGGCCUGUUCGCGUUCGAAAGGCUUCGACGGCCGCGCAGAAGGGACUUUCGCCUGCUGGGACGCUGGGCAAGAGGGGCCCUAAGACGCCGCUUUCUGCGUCGGAUGUCACGCCCAUCACGCGCAACGAGUGGAAUUUGCUCUUUGGGCCGGGGUUCAAGAAGAGUCAGCCUACUGUUACCAAGUGGACGCCUUCGCCGACUGUGCUUGCCGCUGCUUGUGGGUGA